GUUAUCUUUCAAGUGGCCCUUGAGCUGUUUCGCCGCAACCAAGAGAUGAUAGAGCACGGAUUGGCUAAGGACGAUGGUAGCGAGAUCAUUUUGAACAUGAACCGCUAUUUCCUAAGUCUGACGCCCUUUGAUUCGAAUCCUCAAUCCCCUGCGCGAUAUGAGCCUUCUAAUAACUCUGCAUCCUUAUCUGCAGCCGAGGCAAUUACAGUUGAUUCCGUGUCUCCUCACUGCAAUGAAAUGCAUAGACCAGCUGAUCUUGAAGAAGCAUCAGAUCAAGACAUAAUUCAGUAUAGCUCUUCCCUCGGUGAUAGGUCUAAAGCGUCAACCACCUCCAAUAACGUUCCACAUUGGCACCACAUUCAGGGGACGUGCCCUAGUUCGACUCCGGAUGCUAAUGACUAUGUCAUCGUGCCAGUAUUCCGGGAGCAUGUGCAUGACCUAAUUCGAGACGCCUACGCAAACUUUUCUCAGGUUAACAAUGAACGCAUCAACUAUCUCCGAAUCACACGUCGUCUCAUGGUUAUUCAAUCAUUCGGUGAUAUUAUGGCUAGAGAUGUGGUCAGGAGUCUGGAGCGCGAGUCCCCUCUUUCUUCGGAUGACCUAAAGCAGCUCUUCAAUGUUUACAAAGCUCUGUAA